AUGGCUGAUUACAAGGCUUCCACCAUGCCACCUAACCACAAGGCCACUGUCGGUAAUCUCCAGACGUUUGAGCUUCCCGAGUCUCUCAAUGGAAGUGUAGCAGACAGAGCGCUCGGCAAGAGCAUGAUCGAUGCUUGGAAACGAGACGGCAUCCUUCAGAUUUCCAUGGACCCCAUCAACCGCAAGCUAGCCGAUGCAGCAUUUCUGUGCAGCAAGAAGUUCUUCGGCAUGGACUACAAGAAGAAGGCAGCUUGUUUGGAUGAUCAGUCUUUCGCCGGAUACAUUGCUUCGGGAGAGGAAAUCACAGACAAUAUCGCCGACUACAGCGAGAUCUUCACCGUCACAAAAGAUCUUGCACUGUAUGAUCCUCGCGUCCAGCAGCAGUGGCCAUGCCAUGGUCCUUGCCCUUGGCCAUUCACCCAGAUGAAGACUGUCAUGCAAGCCUACAUGGACUACCUCGGCGAGAGCGGUGAGAAGAUGUUGCAGCUCAUUGCUUGGGGUCUUGGUAUGGAGGACGGCAAUGCCCUAACCAGGUACACGCAAGAUGGCUGGCAUCACAUGCGUAUUCUACGUUUCCCUGAGACCAACAAGGUCAACGGCAAGGGCAAGGCCGGCCGCGGUAUCGGCUCCCAUACUGACUACGGCCUACUCGUUAUUGCCGCCCAGGAUGAUGUUGGUGGCCUCUUCAUCCGCCCUCCGAUCGAGGGCGAGACGUAUGCCAACUGGAAGGAGAGCGCAGCCGGCAAGCACGAAGACACCGAUGGUUGGGUCUACGUCCCACCUGUCCCUGAUGUCUUCACUGUCUUCCCUGGUGACAUGAUGCAAUACAUCACCAACUCCUUCCUUCCCUCGACGCCCCACAAAGUCGGAUUGAACACAAGGGAAAGAUUUGCUUUCGCAUACUUCCACGAGCCGAACUUCUCCGCCGUCAUGAAGCCGCUGCCGGGCUUCGAGGCUGGUCAGGAGCCUGCCGAGGGCAUCCACUACGGCUCUCACUUCACCAACAUGUUUAUGCGCAACUACCCGGAGAGGAUCACCGCUGAUCGCAUGAGGAAUGAGGGCAGAUUGGCUCUAUUGGAUUCGCCUAGCCUUCGUUGGAAGGAUACACCAGUCGUGGGUGGCAAGAAUGUAGCCAGCACUAUCCCAGUGGAUCAAACUGCUGAGAAGAGCGCGUCCAUCUAA